UAGGCAAUUCCCUAAUUCCAAACCCAGAUUUCCAUCGACGCAACCAAAAGCCAAAUCCCUAAUUCCAACCCUACAUUUCCAUCGACGCAAAAUCGAACGGAGAAGAACACCGCUGACCGCUGCCUUGCUCCGCCGUUCGCGAUUCCGCGGCUCACCUGCUCCAAGCGACCAACGCAGUGACGCUGUGACAGUGCGACGACCAAGCCUCCAAUCGACUCCGCACCUCGCCUGCUCCAAGCAACCACAGCUCCGGUAUCCUCUCCUGUCGACCAAGGGAAAUCUCAAACCACUCUGAUUUUCUAAAUCAUGGGGAAAAACGAGUUCUUGACCCCAAAAGCAAUCGCCAACAGAAUCAAAGCGAAGGGUCUGCAGAAGCUGCGAUGGUACUGCCAGAUGUGCCAGAAGCAAUGCAGGGACGAAAAUGGAUUCAAGUGCCAUUGUAUGAGCGAGUCCCACCAGCGCCAAAUGGAGGUGUUCGGCCAGAACCCUGAACGGAUCGUCAGUGGCUACUCGGAGGAGUUUGAGGAUUCGUUCCUCGAACACAUGAAGCGCAGCCACCGCUUCAGCCGUGUGGCUGCCACGGUUGUGUACAACGAGUACAUUGCUGAUCGGCAUCACGUGCAUAUGAAUUCUACGCAGUGGGCGACUCUGACGGACUUUGUGAAGCAUUUGGGGAGGGCUGGCAAGUGUAAAGUUGAGGAGACCCCCAAGGGGUGGUUUAUUACGUAUAUAGAUAGAGAUUCGGAGACCCUUUUCAAGGAGAAGAUGAAGAACAAGAGAAUGAGGGCUGACAUCGUGGAGGAAGAGAAGCAAGAGAGGGAGAUUAAGAAGCAGAGAGAGCGGGCAGAACAGUUGAUGGGUGCAACAGACGAGAACGGUUCUCAGCAGAAAUUGGAACCAGAGCUCAAGCCUUUGCAAAAAUCAGAGACUGACCAGAAAAUCAAGCUGUCUUUGGCCUUGUCAAAAUCCAAUGUUAAAGAGAGAUCUGAAAGUUCAAAGUCUGUAUUUGAUGUGAUGGAUAACCGUGAAGAAGGUAGGAAAGAUACUGAAAAGAUUGGUAAAGGUGGUAGUGGGGUAAGCGGGGGUGGCAGCUCAACAUUGGAUGAGCUGAUGAGAGAGCAAGAACAGGCAAAGGAAAAGCAAAAUAGAAAGGAUUAUUGGUUAUGCGAGGGAAUAAUAGUGAAGGUAAUGAGCAAGGCAUUAGCUAACAAGGGAUACUAUAAGCAAAAGGGUGUAGUUAGGAAGGUGAUUGAUAAGUAUGUAGGGGAAAUUGAAAUCCUCGAAAACAAGCAUGUCCUCAGAGUUGAUCAGGAAGAGCUCGAAACAGUAAUUCCCCAAAUUGGCGGUCUUGUGAAGAUAGUUAACGGGGCUUAUCGUGGAUCAAAUGCAAGGUUGUUAUCCAUUGAUACAGAUAAGUUCGCUGCCAAGGUGCAAAUUGAGAAAGGUAUAUACGACGGGAAGGUGCUCAAGGCUAUUGAAUAUGAAGAUAUAUGCAAAUUGGUGCAAUGACAGGUUCAAAUUUGUUUUUCUUUGUAGUGCUCAGUUUAUUUACCAUAUUUUCUGGUAAUGGAAAGAAACAUCUGCCAUGGUUGUAUACUUGUAUUGUAUGCUUGCAUUUGACAGAUAUGAAUCCAGUGAGCUCUUAAUUUGCUUCUUUUUGAAAA